GUCCAGAGCAUGAGCUCACACCGCUCGGCGCACUCCAGCGAAAGUGGAGAUCUCGAUCUCGUUUUGUCCCGAGCUUGGAUGCAUAGUGAACAAGAUGGAUGACAUAGGGUAGCUUGGCUGUAAUUUCAGUGAUGGAGAUGUUUGCUUGCUUUGGGUAAGCAUGGCAGUGUAGUUGUACGUAGAAAAAGAAGAGAUGUUUUUGUGGUCUGGAUGAGUAUUAGCAAUGCUAUUGGCUGUGGAGGGAGGUGGAUUCUUCUCAUCUUCAGCAACUGGAUAUAGCAAAGGGCUUAGCCUUUUGCUUCUUGGCCAAAAGAAUGAAGAAAGACCCAUGAGAGUGUUGCCCUGGAAUCAGUACCAGCUAGUGGAUCAAGAAGUUGAUUCUGAUCUUCAGCUGGCUUCGAGGAAGAAACCAGCGGCCCGGGGAUGCACAUUUUUCUUAUGCUUUGGCCAAGCAUCCCCAGAACUUGAUCGACCGUCUCCUCCUAAAGAUAGUCCUGUUAAACAGUCUGAAACUUCACCAAUUUCAUCUCUUGCUUCUGAGAACAGCAAGAUUGGUGCCAAUGUUAUUGUUGAUGUGGAUGAAACGAAAAUUUGUCGGAAGAGUAGUCUUAAAAAACAUUCGAGGGAGUGUUCUGUAACGAUUGUUGUCGCUGAGAAUGCCUGCAACUCUGUGGAGGAUGUGCAGGAUAGUGAAGUUUGUGGUGCUGAAAAGAGGAAAGUCCAUUGGACAGAUGCCUGUGGAAGAGAGCUUGCUGAAGUUAGGGAGUUUGAGGCCAGCGAAGGUCAUUUGUCGGAUGAGGAAUUUGAUGACGAGGGUGAAAGGAGAUGCCAAUGUGUUAUCCAGUGACUUCGAGUCGUUAUGUAAUUAAUUGGAUGAAUUCAGUACUGCCUCUGGAGAAAUCAUGUGAAUAGAUAGAAGCAGGCUACCCACAAAUUGCUACUACUUUCGGCCAAUGUUCUAAUCGGCUACUAGACCCGUGUAAGCAGAUCAACAAUUAGUGAUGCUUGAAUUCUUUUGUUUCUACCACAUGCUUCAUUGAUCUUGCAUGAAGUUUUAAAUUUUACCAUUUGUAUGUUGAGUUUCUUGUUUUUCUAGUGCCCUUGUUUUCUUUUUUAUUUUCCUUAUAUUAUUAGUCUCCAGGGGUUCAUGUUUGCUGUACAACUCACUGUAAUCUACUGAUCUUACAUUGUUUAAACAUCAUGAGUCAUGACUGUUCACUC